CCCCCACACAAGAUUCUCUUCCUCUCUCUUCCCCUCUCAAAUAUACAAAAAAAAAUAAAAAUAUAUAUAUAUACAAUACAGUCUCUCACUCUAUAUCUAAACUAAGAUAUAUACAUUUGCAUGGUUUUCAUAUACAAAGUAGUCAGAUUGUGAUUCAUGAGUGCGGUCUCACUCUACCAUCAUAUGACUGUAAUUCUAAUCACAUGUUUUUUUAGGCAUAAGCCCCAUCACUCAAUGACCAUAUAACUUUGACCCUUUUAUUAUAAAGUCAAAACAACAAGUUAACAGAUAAAAAAGAAGAAACAAAUGGAGGGUGGAAUGGUUUUUGAAUCUUUGCUACAAAAUCAAAGGCUUGGUUUCUCUUCUGAUGGGUUUGAUUCCCCAUGGGCUUCCAACUCUUUUCAUGGAGAAAAAACAAAGAAAAAGAAGUCACUUUCUAGGGAACACGAAAAAGAAGAAAACUCCGAUGAGGAUUAUGAAAAUUGUUUCCGGCAACCGGAGAAGAAAAGGCGGUUAUCGGUUGAUCAAGUUCAAUUCCUUGAAAAAAGUUUUGAGGAAGAAAAUAAACUUGAACCAGAAAGGAAAAUUCAGCUUGCAAAAGAGCUUAAUUUGCAACCAAGACAAGUUGCAAUUUGGUUUCAAAAUCGUCGAGCUCGAUGCAAGACUAAACAACUCGAAAAAGACUAUGAGAUCUUGAAUUCAAGUUAUGAUAAACUCAAAUCGGAAUUUGACUCCCUACAAAAACAUAAUGACAAAUUAAAACACGAGGUUGAAAUUCUCAAGGAAAAGUUGCAUCAAAGGGAGACAGGGGAAAUAGAAUUAAUCCCUAAUGAAUUUGCUUCGAACGAAAUGGACUCGAAUACUCAAGAACCAAAUACAACUCCAAUUUCAAUUCAAAGUUGGGGCAAUGAGCCAAACAUGGUGAUAUGCAAGCAAGAAUAUGCAAAUUCGGUUUCUACAAAAAGUGACAUUAUCGAUUCUUAUAGCCCGGAUGUGAACCAUUCUUCAUUUCUAGAGCCCUGUGAUUCAUCAAAUGUAUUUGAAAAUCAAUCUGAUUUCUCUCAAGAUGAAGAGGAUACCUUGACCAUUCUGCGAUGUCCAAAGAUCGAGUAUGAGUCGUAUAUCGACCCGAAUGAAGGUUCUUUAGCAUACCCUAUUGAAGAUCAACCCUUUUGGCUUUGGCCUUGAACUUGUUAAAUGGUUUUAGAUCAAGACCUAUUGUAGAUUAACCCUGUUGGUUUGUGCCUAAAAAACUUUCUUUUAGUGAAAUGUUUGUGAUUAUCAAGA